CCGAAGGAGGUUGGCCUUACUACCCGUGUACAGGCCUUCAUCAUCUGUUGCUUUCCUUCCUCCUCCCUCUCCCUCCUUCACAGAUCCGUUUUGUUUUCUUCCCCAUUUUCCUCAUAUCUCUUGACUAUCUUCUAGGAAGACCGAGCCCGCCGGCCAAGAAAAUAAUAGUACUAAUAUUGAAACUGGCUGACUUCAAUCGGUGCAUAAUAAAUCGGCCUAGCAUCUGCCACGGCCUUCCUCAUCAUGGCUUCCCUAGGCUCCCUGCCCUACCGUCGACCCUCACGCCAGGGUUCCAGACAAGCCUCGAGAGACACGCGGGAUGAGAUCCAAGUGCAUGUUGACCAUUACAUUGGUAUUGAUGUCGGCACUGGAAGUGCACGGGCCUGUAUUAUCGAUAAUAAAGGAGACAUUGUGGGAUUGGCUUCGGAGAACAUCGGGCUUUGGCAGCCUCAACAGGGAUACUAUGAACAAUCCACCACUGAUAUUUGGAGAUGUAUCUGCCUAGCCGUUCAGCGUGCUGUUAGCCAGCAUAACAUUGAUCCGGAGACUGUGAGGGGAAUUGGCUUCGACGCAACCUGUUCACUGGCUGUAUUUUCCAGCGUGACCGACGAGCCUGUAUCAGUCACAGGCCCCAAUUUCGAGUCUGAUCGCAACGUGAUUCUUUGGCUGGAUCAUCGUCCCAUUGAGGAAACCGAGAAGAUCAACGCCACGAACCACAAUCUUCUUCGUUAUGUGGGAGGCAAAAUGUCCAUUGAAAUGGAAAUCCCCAAGGUCUUAUGGCUCAAGACUAACAUGCCUAAAGAGCUUUUCGAUCAGUGCAAGUUCUAUGACUUAGCCGAUGCCUUGACAUACAUCGCCACGGGCACGGAGAAAAGAAGUUUCUGUAGUGUGGUUUGCAAGCAAGGAUAUGUUCCCGUUGGUGUGGACGGAAGUGUUAAAGGCUGGCAUGCCGACUUUUUGACUGAAAUCGGCUUGGAGGAUCUGAUAGAGGAUAACUUUAAGCGCAUGGGCGGUGUUGAUGGGGUGAAUGGGGAUUUUCUUAGUGCUGGCGAAUUAGUGGGGACCCUAUGUGACAAGGCAGCCUCUGAAUUGGGGUUGCCUCCAGGGAUCGCAAUCGGCAGCGGUGUCAUCGACGCGUAUGCGGGCUGGAUCGGAACAGUCGGCGCCAAAGUAGAGUUGGAGUCCGAACAAUUGAGCUCCGAAGUUUCGAAAAACGAUAAGACACAGGCUUUCUCGCGCCUGGCCGCCGUCGCCGGGACUUCAACUUGCCACAUUGCCAUGUCGCCGGGCCCCGUCUUCGUUCCUGGUGUAUGGGGGCCAUACCGCGAUACCAUUCAGCCAGGAUAUUGGAUGGCUGAAGGCGGCCAGUCUGCGACUGGCGAGUUGCUUAAGCAUGUCAUCGAAACUCAUCCAGCAUUUAAUCAGGCGGCCUCAAUCGCUGAGUCGUAUAAUGCUAAUAUAUACGAAUACCUAAACGAACAUUUGAAGGAAAUGGCACACGAGCAGAAAGCCCCCAAUGUCUCUUACCUAAGUCGACAUUUGUUCUUCUAUGGGGAUCUAUGGGGCAACCGUUCUCCCAUCGCAGAUGCUACCAUGGCGGGAUCCGUCGUCGGUUUGACGAGUGACAAGUCCGUGGACGGUCUUGCAAUACUCUACUACGCAACUCUUGAGUUCAUCGCUUUGCAAACCAGGCAAAUUGUUGAAACUAUGAACAAAGCAGGUCACACCAUCACUUCGAUUUUUAUGUCUGGUUCUCAGUGCCAGAAUGAUAUUUUGGUUGGACUUAUAGCCUCGGCGUGCGAUAUGCCGGUACUAAUUCCCCGUUAUAUUCAUGCUGCCGUGUGCCAUGGAGCAGCGAUGCUUGGUGCUAAGGCCGCCAGUGCUGAUCCGGAGGGCAAGACCGAGGAUCUCUGGGAAAUCAUGGACCGUAUGAGCAAGCCAGGAAGGAAGGUCGUUCCAACGAGCGAUGAGAAUGAGAAGGCACUGCUCGACGUCAAAUACAAGGUUUUCCUUGAACAGUGCUACAAGCAACAGGAGUACCGAGCUCUUGUCAAUCAAGCAGUGAGCUCGUGGGACUCAUAAAUGCCCCGUCCUUGAAGAGGGCCAUUCCUUCAAAGAAUGUAUUGCCUCGAUCCCGCCUGUAUAUAGCUUGGGCAGUUACAGGCUGUGCCAGACGAGAUGGUUUCAGUUUUACAGGAGCAUUGAGCCGGGGAGUGCAUGGACAAAACAAUAAUGGUAC